AUGUCUGCAGAUAUAACUUUAAGGCAGGUUAUGGGGACCCUGGAGAGUAGGAAGGGAGAUUUCACGAAGUCUUUGAAAGAUCUCAAUGACAUUUUUUAUCCCCAUAAGGCUGCUAAUAUCGGCCAGCACAUCAAUGGACAACUUCAAAACAAGACAUACGACAAAUUGUUCGAGAUUUUAUUCGAAAUUGUCAUUGAGGAGAAACGAAAAUAUUUAGGCAAGUCGAAAAGGCCAACUGUGAAAGUAUCGGUCACUAGGCUGGAACUAUGUGCUAAGGCCAUAAAUUACAUCGUGACUGCUGGGGUACACAGGUUCGAGAAGACGACUGUCAACGCUCUGAUUGAGCAUAUUCUUGAUACGAUCCCGAUAUCAACUAGAGAUUACUGUCAGCCGAUAUUAAGUGACUAUCUCAAAGCACUGGGCUGUUUGCUCGGGCAACCAGCAAUUUUAGCAAGCCUCAAGAAUCUUCGGGUCGAACUCAUCGACCUUUCCAUUGUGGGUAUCGAAUUGUACCUCGGAGACGCUGGUGAAGACCUAUCACAGUCUGGCAAUGGGGCUGGUCACCCAUCACUGCCUAGAUCUUCCUCUGGGCUUGGAAGUAUACCAAGGGUACAAAGUUCGGUAUCUCAGCACAACGUAGAAGAACUUUGCCAAAUCCUCUUCUCGCUUCUCUAUUCUACCAAUAAUCCUUCAUUUACAAUUGUUGAGAGAGUGGCCGCUGUAAUCAUGCGCUUGCUGCAGUACCAUAUUUCGAGUGUAAGCAAGCUACAUCAAGUAGCAUUUUCAGUCCUUAAUAUCGUUUUAUCAUGUUUCGGUGAAGAUCACACCUCAUUUUCGUUUUCAAUUGGCCGAGAGUUGCUUCCUUUGAUAUGUCGGUUUUGGCAAGUUAAAGCACUGCACAAAGACGAAAUGGUUAACUCUGUUCGAGAUGAAAUGCUGAUUAGUUUGUACUACACACAUCUACACCUGGAGAGCAAUAUCAUAAGCGAUGAGGAUGUCGAGCUGCAUAGUGAUUUGAAUGAUCUACUUGACGCCUUAAGAGCAGAUUACUUUCGGCGAACAGACAAUGAUCAGCUUCAAUUGGACGAUGUGGAGAUUCUAAAUUUGAAUACCCGGAAGAUAGGCUGCGAUCCUUUUCGUCUACAUUGCUUCCGACUGAAAUCUCACAAUAAUCGUACGGCUGAGCGUAAUUGGGCAAACCUACUCGCUCUGGCCGUCCUAGAACGAUUGGUGAGAGUCAAAGAGCACGUGCUUCAAGUGAAACCCAAAUCAGGAGGUGACUUAGAUAACUAUCCACGAAAGCGUCAACGUAUCUCGCAAUCGUCUGAAAGACUACUUGAACCUUUAAAGUCCAGCGAUCAGAAAGUACUAUUGGCCGGUUUGCAAUUGAUCCCAUUCGUACUACAAAACUGCAAACUCUCAGCUUCUUCUCUAGGAGAAUUACUGGAUCAACUGAGCAAUUCUGCUUUGGACAAGCGUGGUAACAUUGCAUCGUGGGCAUUACUUGGUAUAGCAAGUUGUACUUAUCAGGCAUGUGCUGCAGACGGAUCAUCAAUAGACUGGAAACAGCACUGGUAUAAUGGAGCUAAAGCGCUCACUUUUGCGGGGACCUGUCGUGCUGCUGCUCUAGCACUCCAUACAAUUCAUGCCAAAUGCCUCUUAGAUUAUCAUGAUAUUGAAGACAGUGUGAACGCCAUCAUCACCACGGCUGAUAUCAGUGGCCCGCCAGUCCUCUGUGACUCAUCGAUUUUCCUGAUCAAUCACUUGUUGCAGGUUAAGGUUAAUGAAGCUCCUGGCGCGAGCCUGGCUGCCUGCCAGCAUGUGAUCCGUUGGCUUUUCGGAAGAUGGAAUCCAGGUACGAAGUCUGCUGUGUUACAUCGGAUCAGAGCUGACACAUAUCAAGCUGAUAGAUUAUUUAUUGUUCAAUACGGGAAACAUUUACACCCUUUUAGCAUCAUUGCAUUGAUAAGAACGAGCCUUGGCCUACCGGGAUUGCCUGAUGAGUCAAAUAGUCGCCAAAUCGGAGGUGCGCUGUUUCAAGCAUGGCAACAACACUUAAAUAAAGAAAAGGUUCUUCGUUAUCUCUUACUACUUGAUGCCGAUGAAUCAGUCGAAGUAGACUUCACCUGCCAACACUGUCCGAAGUCUACGGCUGAUGAUGAUGUUAUCUUUCGAUUGGACAGUGCUCACUUUAGUUCUACCCAGAGAAUGAUACUUGAGUUCUUGUCAUCAAAGUGUAGCGAGCUUCUACUAUCCUGGAGAGUCUUCAAUACGGAACGAUCGCAGGUUUCAACUGAUAUGUAUCGAGGCUCACUAAAUACAUGUAUCACGAGUCUUCAUUUACUACCACAUUUUGCCAACGCUAAUUUAGAGCAAUUAUCUCUUUUAAGGGAUGACCUCCGGGGCUUGAGCGAUGAGUUAUUGGAAUACCUUAGACGAUCAGAUGCUAAAGACUUUUCCGCAACCAAAGAGUUUGUCCAUACUAUCUUGCAAGCAAUCCAACCCCAUCUACCUCCUUGCGACACUACUCAAUUCAAGCAUGUCGCAGAACACAAUUCUCAACUGCUGCAGUUUCUAUCCCUUAUCUCGGGAUACAUCAAGAGUCGCCGUUUAGCCGAGGAGUCAAUUUUAGAGCGUGAUGAUGAUCCCAUGGAUAUCGAUGAUGAAGUUUCUAGCCAGAGAAGUCACUCGUCAACGGAAGCACAAAAACUAAACAUUCCUAGGCGAGCUAUGGCGCUGGAAAUGAGUUCUUCGUCCUUUUAUAUAGAUACAAUAGGCCGACUGAUGUUGGCCGCCGACCUGUACGAGUCCUCUGAAAGCUGUGCGGUACCAAAUUCUUUUAUUGAAGAGCUGGUCUCUAUGAAGGAUGAAGAACUACUCUCGUGUCGUCCACUUAUGCGCAGUAUGCUUGAGUCAGAUCUCAUUCUGAAUGAGACGGAUGCAUAUCGCAUAUUCGAGCGUGUGGGACAAAUUCUUUCAUCAGAUGAUUUUCUUGCCAGCGAAGUUGCCAUGUGCGCAUGCUUGGACGUAAUGAUAGGACUUUUACCUUUCUGGUCGAUGGAAGAGCAGAAUUCUUUUGUGAAUCACGCUAAGCAGUUGUAUGAUUGGUUUAUCCUGCGAAUUCGACGAAACGCCGAUUCCACAAUCGUGCAGCUAGGCAUUGUUAAUUUGCUAUUACAACUGUUGCGGGCAAACCAGAAUUAUGGGAAUGCCCCUUCUCAGCCCUCACCGCGUACAAAUCUAUUGGAGCUCCUCGAGAAAGGCAAUACUGCUACUAAAUUCUUCAUUGGCGAUCAGAUUUCGACAAUUUUCGAGCUCUUUACGCUGAAGGAGCAUGACAAAAUCUUUGUAGAUGUGCUUGCACUUUUACCUUCUGCGCCAGAAUUGUGGGAAGGGAUAGCGUUUCGACUUUACGUCCUGGCAAAACUAGCUUCCCGUUGGUCAACUCUUCUGCGAAGAUGCAUUUAUCAUAUUUUCGAAAUUCCGGGUAGAAUUCCAGGUACUAUUCGACAUGCUACUCGGUGCUUGUCCGAUGUUGCUUUUGCGCUCACAGUAGACUGUCCGCAGGAGCUCUUCGCAUUGUUUGCGCCUCAAAUACUCUAUACUUGGCUCGAGGCAGAGGCGAUAGAGGACAUACCAUACCAAAUCUUUGGCUUCGACGCUCUCGGCGACUUACUGGCAUCCGUUCAGGAAGAGGUUUCCGCUUUGAUAAUGAUGCGGGGUGAUGAUGCUCAACUCGAACACCUCGCUGAAUUGUUGAAGAUUCCUGUUGUCAAACUGCUUGAGAAAUGUUUUGCCAAAGUCACGGCAUACUGUAUUGCUAACGAGAUAAGCAUAUCACCUUCGGGUGGCAAGAAACAUAAAGGUGAGCAUCGGCUGAAAUCCUGCCUCGGUGACGAAUUGUACCUGGAAUGCGUCAAUCUGCAUUUUACGGAUAUACUUGCAACCCUGUUUAAUGUUAUAGAUCAAGAGCAACAUGUGGAAAAGUCGUUUGCCAAAGAGGAGAGCCUAGGAUAUGCCGCAAAAAUUAUGGGAGAAAUCAAAUCUCUGAGCUCGUCUGAGAUGAUCUUGCCUCCCAAUCAGCAACCUGCAUUCAAGGCAAAGUACCUCUUUCACGAAAUCAAACUCUUGUGUAAGAGAACAGUGCAUGAGGCAGGUGAUCUAUACACCCCAAGCUUAGUAGCUUUCAUUGCUAGAAGACUACUGAAGACUAUUCACCCUGCACUUGGUUCGCUGCAUGCUUGCUCUGUGUUACGAAAGCUUCGUGUUCUUAUCUCGCUUGCCGGAAGCGCUGUAACUCGAGGUUAUCCUCUGGAAAUGCUUCUAAGAUCCGUAAGGCCCUUUCUCAAGGAUCCUGAAUGUGCUGAUGAUGCUAUUGGCAUUCUACAAUAUCUGCUGAGUCAUGGCUCUGAUUAUCUAAAACUUUCCCCAUCUUUUGUUGCAAGCAUUACCCUUUCAAUACUCGGAUCUCUGCGCGUAUUCAUGCAGGAGCGUAGGUCUAGCACAACCCAGGAAAGUCAACACCAAGCAACAAUGUCCAAAGCCCAGAAAUUUCACCUCUGGGUUGGGAAGUAUGCCUCACGUUAUGAAUCUCCUGUUCUAGCGGGGUCUCUGAGUUCGAGUUUCAAAGCUCUUGUUGCCUCUGCCCAGGAGGUUCGAGCAAUUGGAAAUGCUGAAAGGGGAACAAUAGAGAGUACACUACUGGACCGGCUACUAGAGGACGAAAAGAACGGAGGCGCGUUACUGACUCUGCCCGCUCGGAAGCUUGCGCUCAGUAUGCUAUGCUCGGAGUUUGAAUGCCCUGCCUCAUACCGGAGCGAUAUAUACGGUGAGGAUGCAGCUGCCGAAGGAAUGGCUGCUGUUGUAUGGAAGUCCUGCAGAGGAAAUUCUUCCAACAAACAAUAUAUGUCUUGGGCUGCGCGGGUUCUCGGAAGAGCCUUUGCGGCUACUGGGCAUGUACACCAGGAGCUCUUGCAAGAAUCCACAUUGUCAAAAAUUAAGGAACUAAAAACAUCAUCCAGAGUCAGUUCUUCCUCAAGAGCAUGUAUAUUGAGUCUCUUACAAUCGUCGAUCUUGGGGGAUAAUGGCUCGACGGUAGGAAUUGUCGAAACGGCUUUGCGUAUCAUUGUUACAACUUCAGACGCGCAGAUUCUGGAGAUUGGCCGUCAAAUUCUAUCACCCCCAGUAUUUGAAGCGUCAGCGUGGAAUCCUUAUCCUGUUCCUCCAUGUGAGGUGGCAGGACCAACAGAUAAUAAGGAUAGCUUGAGGAAAAAUCUCGAGGCAGAUUGCAUUCUUUCUCCUAAUUGGUUAAGAGAUCUCUCUAUUGCAUUGGCUAAAGCUGUCCCUAAAGAUCCCAUACUGUGCGCCUUAGCACCAGUUCUUCGAAAUGUGCCAGACUUUGCUAAUCAAGCAUUUCCGUUCAUUCUUCACCUCGUGCUCUCUACAGAUUCGCCUGCACAAAAGAAUAACCGUAAUCAAAUAUCUAAUGCAUUUGCGGUGUGGUUCUCCAGAGGCCAAUCCGUCGAAAGGAACAAUCUAAAGGCUAUAAUUAAUUCGAUUUUGUACUUACGGACGCAACCUCUGCCUCAUGAGAAGUCUUCAGCGGAUCGUUUGCAUUGGCUGGAUCUUGACUACCUCAAAGUCGCCACAGCCGCCAUACAUUGUGGAAUGUUCAAAACGGCUUUGAUAUUUGUUGAAGAACACCAUUUGAUCCCAGUAAAAUCGUCUAGACGGUCUUCAACGAAUAAAGAUGGCGGUGAGACCCCCGAGAUACCCACAGACUUGCUUCUCGCAAUUUUCGAAAACAUUGAUGAUCCAGAUCUAUAUUACGGGGUGCAGCAAACAGCUAGUUUAAGCACCAUAUUAGCGAGACUGGAAUAUGAGAAAGAUGGGCCCAAAAGUCUUGCUUUCAGAGGUGCACAAUAUGACAGCCACGUUAAGCAGCGAGACCCCAGAGCUGCCAAGGAUGCGCAAUCUCUUGUUGGUGCAUUAGACAUGCUUAGCCUUAGUGGUCUUUCUCACUCUCUGUUACAAGCACAGCAGGGUUCUGGAAUAGCUGGCACAUCUUUAGAUUCUAUGUUUCGCACCGCACGUAAACUAGAACAAUGGGAUAUCCCUGUUCCUACCAGCGAUAACCACUCAGUCACUCUCUAUAAAGCUUUCCAAUCAGCUCAUGUUGCUACAACCCGUGGAUCUUUCAUGAAAGUAAUUAACGAAGGACUUGAGGGGACAAUGGAACGACUCGUGCGAGAUGACCUUAGCGCCAGUGCUCUUCACGAAUCUCUUAGAACCCUAGCGGCUCUUUCCGAAAUGGAUGAAGUACUUAGCUCUCGGGGAUCCGAAGAGUUUGAACACAUUCUGUCAAGGUUUCGGAAUCGAUCCGAAUGGAUGAAGACGGGGAGGUUCGAUGACAUUAGUCAGUUGAUCUCUUGUCGGGGGACAACUUUAAGCACCUUAAGCCAGCAACCGCGUCUUCGAGACAUACUCAAUCUCUCCUCCAAAGAUACAAGACUAGUCGAGGUACAUGUUGCCCUCAUGGCUUCAUCACUAAAUCGUGACCACGGCGCCUUACAAGAAUCUUUAUCUCUGACAACUUCUUUGAUUGAUCUUAUCAAACCGUGUCAGUCUCUUGGUUUAAACAUUGAAGCUGCCGUUCAUAUGGAGACCGCAAAUGCCUUGUGGGAGCAAGGCGAAAUGACGUCCUCAAUAGGUAUAUUACGAGCUUUGGACAAUGCUUCCUUUCUGAAAGCGCAGACUAUAUCUGUUGGUCGUCCCGAUCUCUUAUCAAAGAUUGGUCACCAAGUUUCUGAAGCCAGACUUGAGAAGCCUGAUCGAAUCAUUGAGAGAUACCUAAAACCUGCCCUCAAGGACUUGAAAGGUUCCGAUGGCUAUGAAGCUGCGAAAGUUUUCCAUCAAUUUGCCGUAUUUUGCGAUCAACAACUGCAGGACCCUGAUAGUUUGGAAGAUUUGGAGCGAAUGAAGAAGUUAAGCGAGAUGAGAUCUAAUGAUGUCGCUGACUACGAGGAACUUUUGAAGAAUGCAACAUCUUCAACAGAAAGACAAAGACAUCAAAGUUAUCUCAAGAAAGCCAAGACGUGGCUCGGACUAGACGAGCGAGAAUAUCGCCGCCAUUGCUCCAACAGGGACGAAUUUCUACGCCAAUGCCUGGAGAAUUACCUUCUCUCAUUAGCUGCUUCGGAUAAUCAUGAUAGUAAUGCGCUACGUUUCACCGCUCUAUGGCUUGAAAAUUCUGCAGAGAACUUUACCAAUGAAGCUGUAGCCAAAGUUUUACCCAAGGUGCCUAGUCGAAAAUUUGCUACGCUCAUGAACCAGCUCAGUUCUCGGUUACUUGAAAAUGACUCAAAAUUUCAGCAGCAUCUCUUCGGUCUAGUUCUACGGAUCUGUAUGGAUCAUCCAUACCACGGCAUGUACCAAAUAUAUGCUGGGUCCCACAGUCGGCCAAAUACCAAGGAUGAAGUAGCUAUCUCGAGAAAUAAGGCAACCCUCAAGGUUUCAGAGCAACUACAAAGAGCUGAGAGCUCGCGGGCAAUUUGGAAUGCGUUGAAUUAUGUUAUCCAGCCAUAUACUCAGCUUGCGGGCGAGAAAGAUGAUCAGAAGUACAAAACAGGCAAAAAGCUCUCAAUUAAAGAUUCCCCCGCGGGUUUGAGACUCAACAACAUUCUAAAGAAGUACCCAAUACCCCCGCCGACAAUACAAAUAGAUCUUCGCGCAGAUAAAGAUUAUUCUAAGGUGCCAAAAAUGGUCAAAUUCGAGUCCCAGAUGAGUAUAGCAUCAGGGGUAAGUGCACCGAAAAUCAUCACUGCCGUGGCGGAUAACGGAGCGCGAUUUAAACAAUUGGUAAAAGGUGGCAAUGAUGAUCUGCGCCAAGAUGCCAUCAUGGAACAGGUAUUUGCUCAAGUCAGUGAACUCUUGAAAACGAACAGAGCUACUCGACAAAGAAACCUCAGCAUCAGAACCUACAAAGUUCUACCAUUGACGUCCAUAGCUGGAGUCAUUGAAUUUGUGCCAAACACAGUUCCCUUGCAUGAAUAUCUCAUGCCAGCACAUGAGCGCUUCAAUCCAAAAGAUUUGAAAGGGAAUGCAUGUCGUAAAGAGAUUGGGGAAGUCCAAGGUCAACCAACGGAAGUACGAAUCAAGAAAUAUAGAUGGGUCAUCGAUCGUUUUCGUCCCGUUAUGCAUUACUUCUUUACAGAGCAUUUCAACGAUCCCGACGAAUGGUUCACCAAGCGUCUAGCAUACACUCGUAGCACAGCUGCUAUAUCGAUUCUAGGUCACGUCCUCGGAUUGGGCGACAGGCAUGGUCACAACAUUCUUCUUGAUUUUGAGAGCGGUGAAGUAGUACAUAUUGAUCUUGGUGUGGCUUUUGAAAUGGGUCGGGUUCUUCCGGUCCCAGAAUUGGUACCUUUCCGUCUCACCCGCGAUAUUGUCGACGGAAUGGGCAUAACAGAAACCGAAGGUGUAUUCAGACGCUGCUGCGAAUUCACUCUUUCCGCUUUGCGUAAGGAAGUUUAUAGUAUCAUGACUAUUCUUGACGUUUUGCGAUAUGAUCCAUUGUACAGUUGGUCUAUAUCACCCGUGCGACUUGCAAAAUUGCAGGUGGCGCAAAGUGUUGCGCCAGAACCUGGUAUGGGACAUGAGAGAGGCGGUGAAAGGUUAACUGUCAACCAACCGAGUGAAGCUGAUAAAGCUCUGACCGUGGUCAACAAGAAAUUGUCAAAGACGUUAAGUGUAGAGGCCACAGUUAAUGAUUUGAUCAAUCAAGCGAGGGAUGAGAAGAAUUUGGCAGUUUUGUACUCAGGUUGGGCUGCAUACGCGUAG